AAGCUCUUUUUCCAAAAGUGACACCCCGGCAGCUUUCACCAUCUCAAGUAAAUGGCUCGGCCAUUCCCAACUAUGCAACGGGGCCGGUGCGCAGCGGCGACACACGAAAUUGAGAGCGAGUCUGAGCCGGAGACGAUGCGGUGCGUGUCGUGCCAGGAUGAGUACGACGCAGAUGACGCGGGCACGUGCAAGGAGUGCUACGAGGAGGCGAACGAGACGGAGGAGGAGCUGAAGAGGGAGAUCGAGGACUUGAAGGCGAAGGUCGCUUUUCUCAGGUUUUGGUCUCCUCUCGACCACCACAACCACCGAACCUGUGGGCCCUGCUUCACCGACGUCGUUCUCGUCGCCUUCUCCGAUGAACCAUCUGCCGGGCCCCCCGUCCCCGUCCCGGCCCAUAAGGCCCUUCUGGUAAGCCGUUCCCCAGUGUUCAAAGCGAUGCUUGAAAAUGAGAUGGAAGAAAGUCGGAGUGGCACAAUAAAGAUUGGUGAUGUAUCAUAUGAUGCCCUCCGUGCCUUUGUCAACUACUUGUACACCGCUGAAGCUUGCCUUGAUGAGCAGAUGGCUUGUGACCUUUUAGUAUUGGCUGAAAAAUACCAGGUGAAGCAUCUCAAGUCAUAUUGUGAGAAGUUCUUGGUGUCGAAACUGAACUGGGAGAAUUCCAUCGUCAGCUAUGCCUUUGCACACCAGCACAAUGCGAAGAAUGUGCUUGAUGCAGCUUUGUCAACGAUCACAGACAACAUGGACAAGCUUACUAAACGGGAGGAGUAUGUGGAGCUCGUGGAGAAGGAUCCUCGGCUGGUAGUGGAAAUCUAUGAAGCUUAUCUCUCCAAACAGGUUAAUACUGCUGCACACAAGGACUCUUCGGUGAAGCCAUAGACAAAUACAGGGCUUUCUUGGGUUGCUGUUCUUAUCUAAUAUAAUCUUGUGUAGAUGAACCUUUUGUUUUUUAAUUUUUUUUAUCCUAGUAGGCUUGAAUCAUUUUGUUCGGUUGGAAAGCUUUCUAAAUGGUGUUUAUGGCAACUAAAUUUGAAUG